AUGGAUACAAGACUUCCUGUUCACCAUAUUUCAAAACAAAUGUCAUUGAAAUGCUUUGAACAAAUUAAAAGGUUUUUACAUGUUUCUUCUCCUGCAACAACAAUCAAAAAUUACUUUGACAAAUUAGAACCAUUGCUUUCUCACAUUCGGAAUGUUUCAAAGCAUUUUUACAUGCCAAAUUCUAAUGUCUCAGUGGAUGAAAUAAUAAUUCGAUUUUCUGGCAGAAGCAUUCACACUGUGCGGAUGAAAAACAAACCAAAUCCAGAAGGAUUCAAGAUUUUAUCACUUUGUGAUGUGGGAUACACCUACACUUUUUUGCCAACCUCACGCAUUUCUCCAAAUGAUGUAAAGAAAAUCAAUAGUCUUAAUCAAACUGGAUGUCUGAUUCUUCACCUUCAAAUUGGUAUUGGUGCUUGUGGAACUGUUCGAAAAAAUGCUUCUGGGUUUCCAAAAGAAUUGAAAGUGGAUAAAAGCAUCAAACUUGAUUGGGAUAUUCGUUCUGGUAUCAUAAUAAAUGAAGUAUUGGCUGUUUUUUGGCAAGACAAUGGGUCUGUUACGAUGUUAUCAAUGAUUUAUGAUCUUGUUGGUGAAGAAUGGGAG